GAUCGUUCGUCAAGCGAGCGUCCAGCAGCAGUCAUGGCCGCCACUGAGAUGAAGGUGCUCUUUAGCGCCAAGGAGUACGUGCUCGUGGCAUUGACGCUGCUUCUCGUGCCAAUUGUGCUGGCCGAGCUCUUUGGCGUGGCGCAAAUGCGCGCUGCCAUCCCCGAGUUCCAGACGGACCCAGACAUGCCACAUAUCAGUGAGUGGCUCAUCGGCAUCGGCUUCGCUUUCGUCACCAUCACACUACGCUUUGCCUUUCUGGCCGUGGCCAAGCCUCUCGGCCGCCGAGUUCUGUCCCCAACCAAGCGACUGCACGCGGAUCGUGUCGAGCGCUUCGCUACGGUGCUCUUCAAGUUCCUAUACUUUGCUGGUAUUACUGUGGCUGGAUACUACGUUAUGCGCGACGAGAAGUGGUUCCCACCUGUGCUGGGAGGCAAGGGUGAGAUCCGUGAGGCUUACUUGAUCUUGAAUGAAGCACCAGGCUUCGCUCUCAAGUACUACUACUUCGUACAGCUCGGCUACCAUUUCCACAGUCUACUGUACAUGCUGGUCUUCUCCCCUAUCCGUAACGACUUCAUCGAGAUGCUUCUGCACCAUUUGGUGACGAUCAUCCUCAUCGGAGGAUCGUAUCUUGCCAACUACUGCGCCAUGGGAGCGCUAGUGACGUUCACGCAUGACAUUGGCGACGUGACUGGCUACGCUAUCAAGUCGGUUGUCGAUACAGGCAACACUCCACUGAUUGUAGCCAUGUACGUCGUGCUCCUGGUCUCUUGGGGCUACACGCGGCUGUACGUGUAUCCGUUCCACUUAAUCUACAACGCCAUCUUCGUGAUCCCUGAGGCCAAUCCGCAUGUGGUUGGCAUCUUCUUGCAUCCGGGCAACGCGCUGCUUUGCAUGCUGGUAGUGCUGCACGUGUACUGGUAUGGUCUCUUCCUCGUCAUGGGCUACACUCUCAUUCGCAAGGGCUUGGCGGAAGACAUCCAGGACAAGUGCUCGGAUGUCGACGAAGUCAAAGGAGAAGAAGCGGCAUCGAAAGCCAGUUCUAGCAGCAAACCGAAGAACGAGUGAGGAUUAAGCACGGCGUUGCAAUGGCUACAGAAUCCCUUUUCAACUA